AUGCCCGAAGCCAAAGCAACAGAUCUCCUCUUUGAAGUGUUCAAGAACUGCGUUGACAAUAUCAUCAAGGCCUUGCCUCCAAAUAUGGACCCGAACGAUGCGACAGCCAUGAGCGCUAUCAGGAUCAUUGCCUCACAGACAAAUAACGACUAUAAACGUCUCCAGCACGUUGUCGAGACGAUUCAAGCUCGCAUCUGCGAAGACGCUGUCUGGGCAUCCGGUACUGCAGUAAGCGUCUACGAGCUGCUCGCUGCAUCGAUCGACCCCAAAAUCUCCCAUCCGGACAUACAGACGAUAGCUGUAACCGGAUCGCUCCUCGUACAGGACCAGAUGAUGCGCGCUUGCCAGACCCAGUUCCACCAAACCAUCCCGACGUCAAACUGGAGUCGUGGUCUUGUUGCUUUCCUGGGGCAGACAUGCACUGUCGGUAACAUGACUAGUACGACACCCAACAUCACUCUUGACAUCCUCGAUCGCAUGCUUGGAUCAGACUCGCUUACAAAGAACGAGAAUUUCGACAUCUUUGUCGGCUUCUUCAUGUGCGCGGGACCUUUUUUGGAUGGCCUUGGGUACGGAGAUGAACUGGCGAUGAGGGUAGAGAAGCUGAUGGAUCUAUCUAAGAGUCUGGGGACAACGCAGUGGCUGGCUGUCUAUGGUUUGUUACAACUGAGAAAGAAAGGUUGGCAGAUGGAAGAGGAGGAUGUGGCCAAGUGA